GGGGAGAUGUGGCCUCGGGGGGAGAUGUGGCCUCGGGGGGAGAUGUGGCCUCGGGGGGAGAUGCGGCCUCGGGGGGAGAUGUGGCCUCGGGGGGAGAUGCGGCCUCGGGGGGAGAUGUGGCCUCGGGGGGAGAUGUGGCCUCGGGGGGAGAUGUGGCCUCGGGGGGAGAUGCGGCCUCGGGGGGAGAUGUGGCCUCGGGGGGAGAUGUGGCCUCGGGGGGAGAUGCGGCCUCGGGGGGAGAUGUGGCCUCGGGGGGAGAUGUGGCCUCGGGGGGAGAUGUGGCCUCGGGGGGAGAUGUGGCCUCGGGGGGAGAUGUGGCCUCGGGGGGAGAUGUGGCCUCGGGGGGAGAUGUGGCCUCGGGGGGAGAUGCGGCCUCGGGGGGAGAUGUGGCCUCGGGGA